AUGACAUAUAGCUUGAAGGAUCAAUAGCUCUCAAUUUAAAAGAAGAGAGAGCAGAAUUUAUAUGAUAAAGUUUUAGAGAAUACUUUUGUGCAAAUGUUACUAUCUAGAUUUUCUUUGAAAAGUUCUUUUUUUUAGACUUUUAUAUAGAAUAAGAGUAGAUAAGAGAUACCCAUAUGCUGUUUAUGUUUUAAAUAUAGAAAUGAAAGCUUUUUUAAGAGACUCUAUUAAAAUAUUGGGUUUGUUAUAAAAGGAUAGCUGAAAAACAAUUUUUAAAAAUAAGGAAUUUUUUCAGUAAAAAUCAUGAAAAAUAUGGUGAAGAAUAUGGCGUAAAAAAUGGAAAGAUUUUCGUAAAAGAUAAAAGUAGAAAUAAAAAAAGAUAUGUGCAAAGAUGCAACCAGCAAAUAGCAUUAGUGA